AUGCAGCUGUCGUGGGAGGGGAGAGGGAAAGAGGGAGAAACAGAGCGACGGGCUGGCCAAGCCCGGGUAACCAGAUUUCCCAGCGACUUUCCUCAUUUCUUUUUGUUUUUUCUUCAACUUAAACCACGUGAUCAUUGCACGUGUCACCAACUCCGGGUAACAGUUACCCGACGCGGACCUCAGACACCCGAACACCCGUCUCCCUUGUUUUCUUUUUCGAGUCACCUGACCCUAGCCCGCACUUUCGGCUCGGCGGCGUUUUCCACCAGAUGGGCAAAAAACAGGAACUCAAUUUCGCUUUCAUUCAGAUGCGCUGCCGAGAAACACUUCUGGACCCGUUUGGCAGAAAGAUCAAAAGACGUAAAGACGUCAAGAUGCAAUCCGGAAAAUCAUAAGGGAUACAGGGUUUUUGUGGCCCUUUUGCGAAUCCAGAUCACAGUCGGAAAACUCACAAUUGAGAAACUGCAAGUGAAUACUGAAAACGCAAUUUGCUUUGCUCUUGAUGAGUACUUCGAUCUAGUGAACCGAUUUGGCGCAAUGUGGUAG